AUGGAACCUGUAAACCAAACAAGAGUUUCCGAAUUCUUUCUCCUUGCACUAACAGAAGAACUGGAACUGAAGUCUCUCCUCUUUAUUCUAUUUCUUUCCAUAUACAUGAUCACCGUCUUUGGAAACUUUCUCAUUGUUCUGGCUGUUGGGUCUGACUCCCACCUCCACACUCCCAUGUACUUCUUUCUUGCCAAUCUAUCCUUUACAGAUAUCUGUUUUAGCACAACUACUAUCCCAAAGUUGCUAGUUAACUUCCAAACACAGAAUCAGAGCAUCACUUAUUCAGGUUGCCUCACACAGCUCUGCUUUGUCCUAGUUUUUGCUGCUUUAGAAAAUUUUCUUCUAGCAGCUAUGGCCUAUGACCGCUAUGUGGCCAUUUGUCACCCACUGAGAUACAUGGUCAUUAUGAACCCUCGCUUUUGUGGCGUGCUGACUCUACUGUCUCUGUUCAUUAGCACUGGGGAUGCCCUUCUGCACAGCCUGAUGGUCUUGCGACUGUCUUUUUGCACAGAUCAGGAAAUCCCCUACUUCUUUUGUGAAAUUAUUCAAGUCCUCAAGGUUGCCUGUUCUGAUACCCUCAUCAACACCAUCUUCAUUUAUUUUGCAGCUACUAUCUUGGCAGGUAUUCCUCUCUUUGGAAUCAUUUUCUCUUAUACUCAAAUUGCCUCUUCUGUUAUGAGAAUGUCAUCCAGUGGGAAGUAUAAAGCUUUUUCUACCUGUGGGUCUCACCUGUCAGUAGUUUUCUUAUUUUAUGGGACAGCCUUUGGUGCAUACAUUAGUGCUGCAUUUAUACAAUCAUCCAGAAAGACUGCAGUUGUCUCAAUGAUGUACACCAUGGUUACUCCUAUGAUGAACCCUUUCAUCUACAGUCUGAGAAACAAAGACAUGAAGGGAGCCUUGAGGAAAUUUUUCAGAAGUGUAUCUACUUUUCAGUGA